UGGCCGUGGGCAUGAGGGUUUCUGUCACAAGUGGUUCCUCUUAUCCUGUCUGGUCCUGAAGCGGCCUUGAAGUGCCUCAGAUGCCAGAGGAGAGGUCGUCUUUGUUAUGCUUGGUUCCCCGGGAGCAGCGGCUGGGGUCCGAGAGAGUCCCUUGGACGCCCUGAUGUCCUCUCGCUUCCACACCCGGUUUCUUUGACACCAGCCCCGCUCCAGGUCGACCUUUCAUCUCUCGGCGAGUUUAUGACUCCUCCCUGCUGUGAUAUUCUUGAUAUAGAAAUAUAAGGCAUUGCUGGUGUCAGUGACUAUACGACCAACAAAAGAUCUGAAAAACAAGUCCACAGCCACAACGACGGUGUUGGUGAUGUUUACAGCAGUGACGGGGACAAUUCAUCUUUUUAGAAAACCACAAAGAUCUUUUUUUGGCAAGUUAUUACAAGAAUUUAGACUUGUAGCAGCUGAUCGAAGGUCUUGGAAGAUAUUGUUCUUUGGUGCAAUAAACUUAACAUGUACUGGCUUCCUGCUUAUGUGGUGCAGUUCCACUAACAGUAUAGCUUUAACUGCCUAUACUUACCUGACUAUUUUUGAUCUUUUUAGUUUAAUGACAUGUUUAAUAAGUUACUGGGUAAUGAUGAGAAAACCUAGCCCUGCCUAUUCAUUUGGAUUUGAAAGAUUAGAAGUCCUGGCUGUAUUUGCUUCCACAGUCUUGGCACAAUUGGGAGCUCUCUUUAUAUUAAAAGAAAGUGCAGAACGCUUUUUGGAGCAGCCCGAGAUACACACGGGAAGACUAUUAGUUGGUACUUUUGUGGCUCUUUCUUUCAACCUGUUCACGAUGCUUUCUGUUCGGAAUAAACCUUUUGCUUAUGUCUCUGAAGCUGCUAGUACGAGUUGGCUUCAAGAGCAUGUUGCUGACCUUAGUAGAAGCUUGUGUGGAAUUAUUCCAGGACUUAGCAGUAUCUUCCUUCCUCGAAUGAAUCCAUUUGUUUUGAUUGAUCUUGCUGGAGCAUUUGCUCUUUGUAUUACUUAUAUGCUAAUUGAAAUUAAUAAUUAUUUUGCUGUAGACACUGCCUCAGCCAUAGCCAUCGCUCUGAUGACAUUUGGCACCAUGUAUCCUAUGAGCGUGUACAGUGGGAAAGUAUUACUCCAGACCACACCACCUCACGUUAUUGGUCAGUUGGACAAACUUAUCAGAGAGGUAUCAACUUUGGAUGGAGUUUUGGAAGUCCGAAAUGAGCAUUUUUGGACCCUAGGUUUUGGCUCAUUGGCUGGAUCAGUUCAUGUGAGAAUUCGGCGAGAUGCAAAUGAACAAAUGGUUCUUGCUCAUGUGACCAACAGGCUGUACACACUAGUAUCUACUCUGACUGUUCAGAUUUUCAAAGAUGAUUGGAUCAGGCCUGCAUUACUGUCUGGGCCUGUUGCAGCCAAUGUUCUCAACUUUUCAGAUCAUCAUAUAAUCCCAAUGCCGCCUUCAAAGUGUGCUGAUGAUUCAAACCCUGUCACAUCGACUCCAGCUAAACCUAGUAGUCCACCUCCAGAAUUUUCAUUUAACACCCCUGGGAAAAACGUGAGCCCAGUUAUUCUUCUAAAUACACAAACAAGGCCUUAUGGUUUGGGUCUUAAUCAUGGACACACACCUUAUAGCAAUAUGCUUAAUCAAGGACUUGGAAUUCCAGGAAUUGGAGCAACCCAAGGAUUCAGGACUGGUUUUACAAAUAUACCAAGCAGAUAUGGAACAAACAAUAGAAUUGGGCAACCAAGAUCAUAAUGUACUGUAAUUUAAUUUAUUUUUUGAAGAAUAUUGACUCCUUGACUUCCAGUUUCUUUAUAAUCCAACAUUGCAUCGACUGUUCAAUUGUUUACUCUGAAUGUUAGAGAAUUAUAGACUUGUUCACAUUUCAUGAAACCAAUGAAGCUAUAUUUUGGUAAAAUGUAUUUGGGUCAGUGAGAACCUUCUAAAUGUUAUAGGCUUUAAAUAGGCUUCCUUUAGAGAGCAUGUUUUUCUAAAUUUAAAUUUUGCCGUCUUUGGUUUUGUAGUUGACUGCAGUGUGAUAUAACAUUACCUUUAUAAAUGAGAGCCACUUGAUGGAGUGGAUCUGUCACAUUAUUAAAAUAUAAUACUUCAGCGAAAUUUAUAAACUUGCUUCUUGGGUACACAUUUUAGGAAAGGAAAAAAAUGUCCAUUCUGAAAGUAAAAGUCUUUUUUAUAGAUUUUCCAAACUUAAUUGCUACAUUUUUCUUUGAAGUCUUUCUGAAUUAUGUCUUUCAAUGUAAAAGCAAAAAUUUUUAUCCGAAAUUUUAGAACAUAUUCUACUCUUUGGCAUAAUUAAAAAUUUUUAAUUAUCGGUUUUUGUUUUUCUCAUUACAAAAUUUCAAUACACUUGCAAAUGGCCCAUCAUUCUCCAAAUGUUUUACAUUGUUAAAUAAAUACCAAAUACUUAGGUGAUAUGCAGUGAAGGAAUCCCAGUUUUCUGUCUUACAUUAUGUCUGACAUAAUGAUGGAUUUAUCUUUUUUGUCAUCUUUUAUUGAGUGACUUUAAGUUCUCAUUUUAUUAACAGAAUAUAUCACAUAUAUUACCAAAAUAUGUGGAAUUCCAUACAUAAUAUGCAGUUUGAUCUUUUUUUCAAAGUUGCAUGGAUAUUUUGAGUUUACAUUAUAUAAUUUCACCAAAACAGUGGACCUUAGGUUACAGAAUAUAGUAUUGUUAGAUCUGCAGUAGGCAGUUUCUGACUUCAUUUUGCUUUGUUGAAAAUGGUGAAUUGUUAAUUAUAAUGAAGUAUGAGAAUCAUGUAGGUUUUUUUAAAAAUUAUUUUCUAAAUGCAAAUGUUAAGGACUUUCCUACAUGGCCAGUAUUGCUUAUAAAGAGUAUAGCAGGCAGCAGUCACAAAUUACCUAUGAAGUUUUUGUUUUUUAUUUCAUUUUCUCAUGAGUUUUAUAAUUAGGUUUUAUAAGUGGAUUUUGAGAAUGGAUUGAGCUUUUCUAGAAUCUAGUACUCCUGGAGAUUUUAUGAUAUUUCUAGCCAUUAGCAGCUCUCUAGAGAAGUUUUUUUUUGUUUGUUUGUUUUUUUAGAAUUUGCCAGUUUCUGCCAUCAAUUCAUCCUCUUAAAUGUAAGCAACACUCUCAAAUCCUAUUUCUUCACAGUAGGAUAAUAAGCACCUAAGAAACCAUCCCUGUCAAGCAAAAUUGUAGGCAUCCUAUGAUAUUAAGAGACCAUGUCCCAAAUACCUUGCUUGAUGAGGAGUUGAUCAUUAUCUUUGACAUCUGCAACCCUGUUCAGGCAUUUGACCUGCUGAAGAAAUAGAAUUCAUGCUACCUUGACUGCCAGGGAAAGUAAAACUUUGUAAAAUAUGAUAAGGCAACCUGUUCCUUGUCCUUUGUCUUGUGUUCUUCAACGAUUAUUAUACCUAUUAUUGGUCUACUAUUACAGGGUGAUUUUUCCUCCAUUGACCUCAUCUAACUGUGAAUUUGGGUCAUAAAUGAAAUCUGAAGAACUGCCAGGUACUGAGUGAGGAUUAAGAGGUAUGUGCUGCCACUCUGUGCUUGUCUUCUCCAUCUCCAGGGAAUUUUUAAAGUGCCCAGGUACUGAACACACUUCUGUGUGAGGUUAAAUGCCUACUUCCUUGACCCCCAUUCAGAAGUAACACCUUUUGUCCUACCAAAGGUGCUUUGAUAUCCACCUACACUAUUUGAAAAGUUGCCUGGGGAUUCUGAAAGAAUUGGCUCUACUUGUUGAAAUUCAGUCAUGCCAACUGCUGGAGGUGACACUGUUCCAGGCAUUAUUAUAUAAAGAAGUCUUAGUUGCCAAGCCCUGGCCAGGUUUGGGAUGUGAACAUAAAUAAGUUGGCCAGGAUAGUCCUAGAUGCAGUAGCCUUACCUCUAAAAUCUUGCCACAGAGUUACUUGAAGCUAGACAAAGAAGCAAGUUUGAAUUAAAUACUUGGUCCAUGAUUGUGAUUAAGAGCAAACUCCAUGGAGUAUGAUUAAUUCUGUUUGAGAAAUUGCUGUGUAUUGAUAACACACUGGACUGGAAGACACGAUUUGAAUUCCAGUCCUGAUGGUGCCACUAUAUAAGUAGUUUUGUAAUCAUAAGCAAGUCAUUUAACUUAUCUUUCUUAUUUGUAAAGUUAGGGUGGGGAAUGAAGUAGUUGAUUUGUAAACUGUCGGCUCUAAAAUUGUAUGACUAAAUUUGCAGCAUAUAUGCCCCACUUGUGAAAUAGAAUAUUGUACCCAGAAUUUCUUUUCAGCAACUACCUCAACAUACAAGCCAAGUGUGACCUACACCAACACCCGAGCCAUUAAUUUGAGAUGCCAUGAGUACAGAAGGUAAACUGAAGGCUAAUACCAUUUUGGUUUUUGUUUAUUUUUAGAGUUGUGUAGACUUAAAUCUGUUUAGAUUAAACAGAUUUUUCUUAGACUUCUUUCUUUGUGUGGAAGGAUUAUUUUUGGAGGUAUCAGAGAAAAGAUUAAGACAGGGUCAGAAGAAUGGGGUCCAUUUUUUCUUUCUUCCAUAAUCUCUGUAGUCACAGAUGGAAUUCCAUACAUGCAUCAGCAGCUGGAGAGGACCCGAAUUUCAAGCUACUCAGAAACUGCUAAUUUUUUGCUUAACUAAAGAAUGCUCAUCUUUUUGGAACAUCUAAUCUUCUUAUAUAAGAAUAUACUUUUUACAUUCCAAGUUGUUUAAAUUAAACUGUUUGAAUAAAGAACAUACAUGGAGUUUUCUCUCUGCUUUUAAGUAA